UACAAAUAGUGAUACAGUCAAUUAUGAUAAUAUAUAUUGCAGCAUCGAUUAAUAUGAGGCAUAAUUGAUGUCACUUAUUCUUAACAAUACAUAUUAUUUUUAAAUAUAUUAGACACCUAUUAUGUUAAGCUUUUACGAAACUACAUUCUAUAUAUGAAAUUAGUUUUUUUGUCCAAAAAGAAAAUUCACUAUCGUUGUUUUGUUUGUCUCGUGGGUUAACUCAGUAGAAUCGUCCACCUCAGAGUGGGUCCCAACAAAUUCCACAAAAGGAUUUUUUAAUGUAAAAAAUCUCUGUUCCACUCCACCCACACAUCUCUAAUUUACAUCAUCCUCAUCAUUAUUCUCCAUCAUCACACUCGUUCACUCGCCAACUCACUAACUCACCUACUCACUCGCCUCUCUUCCAUUCUAAUCCUUUCUACAGAAAAAACACACCUCCCAAACGCUCACACUCACUCUCUUGCAGAAGAGAGAGAAAGAGUGUUAGAGAGAGAAACACCCCCAAAUCCAAAUUCAAAUCAGAAAUGGCGAACGAAGACUUACUCAUUUCCCAUUUUGCCCCUACCACAUCCACACUCCUCUGCUUUCUCCUCCUCUUUUCCUCCAUUGCCACCACUCCCACUGUGGCCCUCAACAUCACCGACCUCCUCUCCUCCUUCCCCGACUUCUCCGACUUCGCCUCCCUCCUCUCCGCCUCAUCGUCUUCCCUCGCCGCCGAUCUCUCCCGCCGCUCCUCCAUCACCCUCCUCGCCGUCCCAAACACUAACCUCUCUGCCUCAUCCGAUCUCACGCGCCGCCUAUCCUCUUCCUCACGCGCUGAUGUCAUCCGCUACCACAUACUCCUCGAAUACUUCUCCGCGUCCGACCUGCGCCGGAUCCCUGCCUCAGGGAAACUCGUCACCACGCUCCUCCAGACCACUGGACGCGCCACCAGCAACUUCGGUUCUGUGAACAUCACACGCGAUCCGGCGACGGGAGUCGUCUCGGUACGAUCUCCGGCGCCUUACUCGCCCUCGAACGCCACCAUCCUCAACCUUAUCAAGACCCUCCCUUACAAUGUGAGCGUCUUCGCCGUGAACUCACUCCUGGUUCCGUACGGCUUCGAUCUCAUGGCGUCGGAGACUCGACCUCCGCUGGGUUUGAAUAUCACCAAGGCGUUAAUUGACGGCCACAACUUCAACGUCGCGGCGUCGAUGCUCUCAGCUUCGGGCGUCGUAGAGGAGUUCGAGGCCGACGAAGGCGGUGCUGGAAUAACCCUCUUUGUACCCGUGGACACUGCUUUCGCCGAACUUCCGUCGAAUGUCCAGCUUCAAUCACUACCGGCCGAUAAGAAAGCAGUGGUAUUGAAAUUUCAUGUUCUCCAUUCUUAUUACCCUUUGGGGUCUCUGGAAUCAAUUGUGAACCCGGUUCAGCCCACAUUGGCUACGGAAGACAUGGGCGCCGGUAGCUUCACGCUCAACAUUUCGAGGGUCAAUGGAUCGGUGGCGAUCAACACGGGGAUCGUUCAGGUGUCGGUGACCCAGACGGUUUUCGAUCAAAACCCAGUCGCCAUCUUUGGGGUAUCGGGGGUUUUAUUGCCCAAAGAGAUUUUUGGGAAGAACCCAAUAACAACGACUAAACCAGCAACCCCCUUCGGGGGCAGGGCUCAGCCUCCUGAUAUCGCUCUCUCACCGGAGUUUACGCCUGGAUUAGAUGGCCCUCCGUCACAUAUCUCAUCCCCGCCGGGUUCUCGCCAAGAAACAUCGGAAGCGGCGGUUAACGGCUUCCCGUUCCAUAGCUUGAGCCUUGCUCUCUUCUGUAUAGCACUAUCUCUAAGGCAAUGUUUAGAGAAUUUUUGUACCCAAGUGAAGAUGGAAAAUGAGGUUUGUUAACUUUCAAACCGAAACUUUUUUUUUUAUUUCUUACUUCCUACUUAUAUACUCUUCUUUUGCUUAUUAAGCAUUGUAAAUGUAAUUAUUGUGAUUAAUCAAAAGAUCUUCAAUGUAAAA